AUGGCCCAGGCAGACAAGUACCAUAGGGCCGUAAGCGGAAGGUCGCGGAUGCCACAAGAUGGCAGCAUUGCAGGGUCCAAGCUGCAAGAAAGUGUCGCGGCAUCUCCCUGUCCAGCUGUUUUCCCGCGGCGGGAUUGCGACGGCCCUAGAGGUAAUACCGUCAGCGUGGGUAGCUCGGAUCCUGGUGGGACAAUCGGACGCGAGAGCUUCCCACAUUGCAGGUUGCCAUGGGGCGCAGCAGCCAAGAGAGCCGUCUCUGCAAUGAGAGAUGGCAUGGGGCCGAUGCGCCGGCUGGGCCAGUCUUGGGUUCAGAUGAAGAAGGAAUCCAGCAGCGGCUGUUGGGUCAUAGGCAGUAUCGCGGCAGGCCUGCAAGCGGCCGCCCAAGCAAGUAUCACACGACCGACGGAUUUGACGGGCAAAAAAGAGACACACCGCGACGGCUUGGGAGGUAUCAGAACUGGGGUCGAGUGGGCCCGCACAUACGAUCGAAGGCUUGUCGAGAAUAAAGAUUGGGUUUAA